CACAACCUUCAAGAAUCCUGGUUGUUGAUGGAUUAUCUCUCUUACAUAGACGAAACAUGGCGGCUCCCUUGAAGCCUUGGGAAAGACCAGGAAUAAACCAUCAGAAUUCGUCAUCUGUGCUCGGAAACAACAUGUCGAGCAGACCACCUGAUGGGAUAACAUUACCUUCAGGAAUUGGUGCUUCACCAGCAGUCACACAAACCACACCACCUCCUCUGCCACCACGCCCUAGCACCAACAUCAGCCGUUUUGGUUCAUCAUAUGGGGGUUACUCCAGUUUUGGUGGACCAUUUGGUUAUAGCGGGGGAAUGUACAGUCCCUAUAGUGGUUUUGGAGGUUAUGGACCCUAUGGUUAUAACCGGUUUGGCUCACAUACUGAUAUUUCUGGAAGCAGUUUUGCACGUGUUGCAGAAGAAAACUCACGACCUGCUUUCCAGUCCAUUGAAAGCAUCGUGCAAGCCUUUACCUCUGUGUCAAUGAUGCUGGACUCAUCUUUUCAGGCUGUUUAUAGCUCAUUUCGAGCAGUCAUUGGCGUUGCAGAUAAUUUUUCACGACUCCGCACUCAGCUAAUGCAGAUAUUUUCAGCACUGGCAUUCAUUCGUACUCUGCGCUAUUUUGUGAGACGGCUGCUUGAAUUCCUAAGAUUACGCCCUCCUGGGGAAGCAGAGAGAGAGUGGAAAGCAGCAGUGCAACAAGUAGCUAGUGCUGUUCCAGCAGGAACCAACAGUGACCCAAAGAAAAGCUCCUGGCCCAUCUUUAUGUUCUUUGGAAUCAUUCUUGGCGGACCAUGGCUGAUCUGGAAACUCAUUUCAUCUUUCUCAAGUUCUUCCCAGCAAGAAAGCUGGGCCAAGGGAGAGGUUGACCACUAUGCUGGUCAAGCUCUCUACAACUUCUCUGCUCGUAGUGAUGAGGAGUUAUCAUUUUCUGCUGGACAGCAUAUUAUUAUAGCACCAAAAGAGCAACAGCCCCAAGUACGAGGUUGGCUCUUGGCAAGUGUGGAUGGUCAAAAGACGGGAUUGGUGCCUGCCACCUAUAUCAAAGUGCUUGGCCAAAGGCAAGGUGUCCCUUCCAACCCAACAGCAAAAAGCUCUGCCACCCAGCCAGCGGGUGGCCCAUCCAUAGCAUCACCUGUUAACUCAAGUGGCAGUUGUCCUAGCCUUGCUGCACCUGGAUCCAGUCCAGGCAACAAUUUGUCAUCUUUAGCUAGCAUCGCCGAUAUGGAUGCCAUCUUUAGCAGCUCUGAUAAACUGUCAUUGGAUCAGGCUUCAGCUGUGAACUUUAGAUUGGAUGAUCAGAACCCUUCAGACUUGGAAGCCAGUGAUAUCUUGGAUCAGCAGGCAGAUAAUCAGUCUUAAGUGUGGGUACAACAGAUUUUUUUCGCUUAAGCAAAUGAGAAUCAUUUCAACCACAGUUCCAAAGAACACAAAAGGAAAUUACCAGUUUGCCUUAUGACUGUGUAGCAUCAUCAGAUCUGUGGCUGUGACUUCCUGCAUUUCAAAUGCUGUAUUCGCAUCUUCUUUGAUGUUUAAGAAUAUUUCUCUUUUGUUUUGAAAAUGAUUGAACUAGGCUGUGAUACCAAUCGAAGACAAUGAAAUAAUCAGACUAAAAGAUUUCUCAUAUGAUCUGCACCAUCCUGAUUUCAGUUGCUGAGAAUUUGAUCACAUUGAAAUGUUGAUAAUUACAUGUUAAGGGGUGCUGUUAUAUGAUAGCACUUCUAUCAAAGUAUUAUUUAUAUUCAUAUCAGAUAAUCACUUUCUGCUUUUAUUACUCAGUCUUUAAAACUUUCAUCUUACAUGAUUUGCACAAUUGGAAAUGGUGUGAGAUGCUGUUCUCAAAUUUAUGUUUAAAAUUAAAAACAUCAGUGGCCAGACUUGAAUGCAGACAAGGCUGGAUGUAACCAGCAGAAUAUAAGGGCCUUGAUGUAACCCUUGUAUGACCUUUAUUUUUGCUAAAAAAGGUGCUGACCAUUCAAGUUAAAAACAAACUCAAAAAGUUAUCUGCAAUUGAAAUGGUGAUAAUGCAAAAUGAAGAGGUUUUAUGUGCUCAUUUUGUAUUAAAUUUUCCAUGCAAGUUCAGGAUUUUUGUGACCCAGGCACUGUAUUUCACACUUUACCCUUGACUGGAUAAGCCAUAUAAAAGUCUGAUGACAAUGUUAUGCAACAAACGAACUAAUGUUCCAGAUUUUUUUCCAUCCCUUUUGAACCUCAACAUUUGCUGGCAUCAAAUACUCUAAAGCAACAUUUGUUAAUUUAUGAAAAUUAGCAUUCACUGCAACUCAUUGUAACCUGAUCCUAACAUUAGAAAUUUUAUAGCAGUUAUGUUGCCACCUUUUUAAGGUAACAGAUAUCUUAAGGUGAAGUGCAAGUUAUUAAAUUUUUAAAUAUAUU